UUAAAAGUUAAAAAAAACGAGAACGAAAAAGUAAUGGCGGAGCUGUAGUGUUGCAGAGUCGCCGCCGAUUCACAAAAUUCCCUUUCCCCCCCCCCCCACCACCACCGGAAUAUUCCUCCAGAAUCACCGGCAACCGGCAAUUUCAGGCGCGAAUUGCGUGUAUAUGGGGGCAUCAUUGUCGAAUUUGGGGGAAAACGGGUCGGGCAGCGGCGGGCCGGGUUUGGGGGACAUACCGGAGAGCUGCGUCGCGUGCGUCUUCCUCUACCUCUCGCCGCCGGAGAUAUGCAAUUUAGCUCGCCUGAACCGCUCCUUCCGCGGCGCCGCGUCGUCCGACGCCGUGUGGGAGGCCAAGCUCCCCUCCAAUUACCACCACCUCCUCCAGCUCCUGUCGAACUCCGGCGUUUGCGAGAGCCUCUCCAAAAAGGACAUCUUCGCCUUCCUCGCGCGCCCUAACCCCUUGGACUACGGCAACAAGUUGGUAUGGGUGGACAGAAAUGCUGGGAGGGUUUGCAUGUCAAUAUCAGCUAAGGGAAUGGGAAUCACUGGCAUCGAUGACAGGAGAUAUUGGAACUGGGUUCCUACCGAAGAAUCCAGAUUCAAUGUUGUAGCAUAUUUGCAGCAAAUAUGGUGGUUUGAAGUUGAUGGCUCAGUAACAUUCCCUUUCCCACCAGAUAUAUACACUCUGUCGUUUAGGAUACACCUCGGGAGAUUUUCCAGGAGGCUGGGGCGUCGCAUCUCCCACUUUGAUGACACCCAUGGCUGGGAUAUCAAGCCCGUACGGUUUGAGCUGUCUACUUCAGAUGGCCAACACGCAUCAAGCAAGUGCUUCCUAGACGACACACGCGAGGCCGAUGCUAACGGAAGUUACAAAAGAGGUUGUUGGAUCGAGUACAAGGUGGGUGAGUUCCUAGUUAACGGGUCAUAUCCACCCACCGAGGUAAGGUUCUCGAUGAAACAGAUCGACUGCACGCAUUCUAAAGGCGGCCUCUGCGUCGAUUCGGUGUUGAUCAUGCCCAGUGAGAAUAGAAGAGGAGGGACAUUGAAGUGAAGAGUGGUGUGUGAUGUUGUUUGGUUUUAUAUAGGGCUUUCUCAUACAUUUAUACACUUGUGGAAAAGCAUCUAUACUUCGUUUGUAGGUAUCAUUCUCUCUGUCCAUGUAAUCUUUAUUUUGUGGGGUUUUUUUGUAGUGUUUCUCUUACUAUGUUUAAGGCUUUCAGCAGAAUAUUUUUUUAUAAAAUCUGCCCCUUUGUAUCUAAAGUGAGAUACAAUUCAAUUUUGUAUAAACUUGUAUAUUUCAUUAAUGUAUCCUUUCCAGCUGAA